CCGCCGAGCUGCCUGGUCCCCCUGCCGCUUGCCUCCCCUUUCCCCGGCACCGCGCGGGGGAGCCAGGGCUCUGCGGGCUGCGACUCCGCUAACGGACAGCCGGACGCUCCCGCCGGUUCCCGCAUACCCCUGGAUCCCCGGGUCACCUGCGCCCCGCGUGAUCGUCCCUCUUGGGUGCCUUCUUGGGGCGUGUCCUCUCGCCCCCGCGGCUGGCAGGAUGGUGUCGUGGAUGAUCUGCCGGCUGGUAGUGCUGGUGUUCGGGAUGUUGUACCCGGCAUACGCUUCCUACAAGGCUGUGAAGACCAAGAACAUCCGGGAAUAUGGCCAGCCAGGGAGAACUCUGCCCGCCAUCCUGCACAGGUCCGCUGGAUGAUGUACUGGAUUGUCUUUGCCCUCUUCAUGUCCCUGGAGACCUUCACGGACAUCUUCAUCUCCUGGUUCCCUUUUUACUAUGAGAUCAAGAUGGCCUUUAUGCUGUGGCUGCUGUCACCCUACACCAAGGGGGCCAGCCUGCUUUACCGCAAGUUUGUCCACCCAUCCCUGUCCCGCCAUGAGAAGGAGAUCGACAGCUACAUCGUGCAGGCCAAGGAGCGGAGCUACGAGACGAUGCUCAGCUUUGGGAAGCGGGGCCUCAACAUGGCCGCCUCGGCUGCCGUGCAGGCUGCCACGAAGAGUCAGGGUGCCCUGGCUGGCAGGCUGCGGAGCUUCUCUAUGCAGGACCUGCGCUCCAUCCCCGACACCUCUGCCCCCACCUAUCAAGAUCCCCUUUACCUGGAGGACCAGGUGCCCCGCCGGAGACCCCCCAUCGGGUACCGGGCAGGGCGCCUUCAGGACAGUGACACAGAGAAUGAGUGCUGGUCGGAUACUGAGACUGUCCCCCAGCCGGCAGCGCGGCCCCGAGAGAAGCCUCUGAGCCGCAGCCAGAGCCUGCGAGUGAUCAAGAGGAAGCCACUGGGCCGGGAGGGAACCUCACGCUCCGUGAAGGUGCGCACAAGGAGAAAGGCUUUGCCUUCGGACGUAGACAGCUAGUCUGAGGAGGCCAGUCCAGUCUAACCUCAAGCCCUGCUGCAGGUGGAGGCCGUUUCAAGGGGACCUCUGCCCGCACCUGUGGCCGGCCUGCAUCCACCGACUCAGCAUGGAUCCACAACUACGAAAGCAGGCUGGCCCGGGGCUCUAUUUAUUGCCUUCCUCAUUCUUCCACCUAUGUUGGGCUUGGGACCAGCCCCCACCCACCCAACCCCCCUUCUCAAGUGAAACCAAAGCCCACCCAGUGGAGUUCACUCUAACUACUUGACUGGCCUAUUCCUAGGCCCUUGUGUGUGUGUGUCUGUGUGUGUCUGCGCCUGUCUGGGUUGGAUGUUUUGUGUUGGCGAGUGAGAUCAGGCCCGUGAACGUUUUGUAAAUAAAGACAUAAAAGCAU